GGGGACGACUGGGUCCUUGGCAAGAAGCUGCGGGACGGCACCGAUGCUCCAAGCGGCUGGCUUCCACGCCGGUGCGUAGAUCUGGAUGGUGCGGCCAAGUACCAGGUGCCCUUCCAGGAGGCGCUGCAGGGGCGGUGGGAUACACCGCAGGGCAACACCGUCAGCGUCAUCGGCGUCUGUGUCUGCGUCAGCGCGUCUGGCACCCCGUGCGCGCUCCGGGCCGAGGGCGGCUCCUCCUGGCUGCAGGGGGCCCGGCUGCUCGAGUGCAACGGGCAGACCGCCAGGUGGUCCAGCGGAGAGACCUGGCAGAGGCCCCUGGUGCCAGAGGAUGGCGGCCAGGAGCCGGAGCCGGGCGUGGCUCCAGAGGUGAAGAAGGACCAGUGA